AUGAACGUGAACGCCAAAGGGGGUCCACAGCCAACGCGUCAAGGCUCGAAGUUGUCGCUCCUGCGUCGCCAGGCCAGCGACUUCAUCGUGUUCCAUCGACAGUACCGACAGAGUAGUUUCGUGGACACCACCAAGGCCAUCAUCAAGAAGAAUUACCACGAGAAGAUCAAGGCGUCGGCGCUGGAGCCCCCUCCGAAGGUGGUGCCGACGCGGUUCCUCUUCGACAGUACGCGCUGCCAACGCGCGUCACGCUGCGACUACUGCAACUUCGCCGGGGGUGAGCUCGAGUGCGCGACGUGCAACAUCGUGGCCCACGCGCGCUGCUACCUCGCAGCUUACGAGAAGGAAGACAAGAAGACGAAGCUCACGUUCGUCGUCCCCACCACCAGCACGACCAACACGCCCUUCACCUCGUGGCUGUGCUCGCAUUGCAACAGCGACCUCAUGGUGGAGUAUGACGAGCGAUCCGCCGAGGCGCGAUCUGCUCACCUGACAGCCCAGCGACAAGUUCUAGCCAACGCUCUGACUGCGUACGUGCGCAUGAUGCGAGACGCCGACGCGUUCGCUAAGAAGAAGGCCUCCAUCAUCAAGAUCCAAGCCAUGCUGCGGGGACGACAGGCUCGACAGCACUUCGAGCGGCUGCAGCGCAUGCGACUCAAGCCCUACGCUAUGGAUGCUCUGCGAGUAAGAGGGGUCUUCCCGUCCGGCACCACUGGUCAAAGCCUCGGACUGGGGAUUAGCUGCUCUUCUUCCUCUUCGCUGGACGAGCUGCGGCUGGGCAACGGCUUCUCGUGCAACCCCUUCCUGUACAUCACUGUGGUCUCGGGGGAUGACGAGGACACGCAGCUCUUCUGCUUCGAGACCAGUGUCCGAAAGCCGACCGCUCUCGGAACAACGGAGCUCGAUAUCGUGUGGCCCGAGAAGAUGUUUGUGCCCGGAGCGGACGGCAACGCCACCUUCUGCUUCACUUUGCUGAGCAAGAACGGCCCCAACACCUUCUUCCUGGGCCAGGCGGUGCUGCGCCUGCUCGAGACGGGGGACAGUUGGCGGACGGGGCUUGCGACGGAAUUGGAGCUCAUGGAGCACGUGGAAAUCUUCCCCAAGACGGCGCAGCACCAGCCGCUGUCGCUAGCGGACGCAGGAGGCAACGCCCCCAGGUUCAUCGACGAGAUUGACGAGAAGGACCUUAGCAGGGGCAGCAGAGGGAGACCAAGAUGGUUCGUGAGUGCCCACAUUCGCCCCUUUGGGGAGCAGCACUCGCACUGCGGCUAUCUCAACAUGAAAUCGACUCUGGAGAGCUUCCACACGAGCGCCCGCUGGUGCGUGCUGGCCGACGGAGUGCUGCGGAUCUACCGCCACUAUGGAGUCACCCUGGCCUCGGACGUUGUCGACAUGGCCCACGCCACGGACGUGCGCGUCGUCCCUAUUACAUCGUCAAUUCAUCGAACUGCCGCGAAGAAGUUGGGGUCCGUCUACAGCGCGUCUCCCGAGGAAGGAGACGAGAGCGUUGCAGGGACGACCGUCUCUAGGACGCGCGGUGCCAAGAUCCCCAGGCAGUGCUGCUUGGCGGUGCAUCACCUCACCCGACUCUACUUGUUCCAGUGCGAGCAUAACGAGCAGCUUCGCGAGUGGCUCAAGAAGCUGCAGGCGGCGCAGAAGUACAGUACCCACUCAGCGAUCACAGCCCCGGCUAGUGCAUGCAGCCCUACCAGAUCAAGUGACUAG